AUGGAACCAAAUUCAACGAUCCCAACAAUCGACGCCGAGGAAUGCCGGAGGACGUUCUGGACGUUCUACCUACUGGACCGCCUGGUGUCUUGUAGCCGUGCGAAACCACCUGCGAUCUUGGAAGGCUCUUGUCUGUUGCAGCUGCCCUGUGACGAGGCACUCUGGGCCGCCGGCCAAGCUAUCAAGACGCAAAGGCUCGAGAAUCUUGCGUCCAGAGACCUCCUUGAGCCCGCAGAAGUCACGCCGUUCGCUGUAGUGGUUUUGGCUUCUUACGUUCUCAGCCGAUGCGCUCAAUACAUGCUCCAGGACUAUAAUAUACGAAGCAAGGAGCUUCUUUGGAGUCCUCAGUCGGAUCAUACGUCUAUCGCCGGUGAUCUUGCCUAUCUGGAAAGUCAUUUCGAUAUGGAUUGCGGGACUGAACACAUGAUGACGAAGAUCUGCCAGGGCGCCUCAACAAUAGACCAGAGCCGCGCGGGACCCAUGGUCUUUGCGCGCGCACUUGUCUACCUUGGCCGUUGUCUUCUGCACCAUCCGUUCUUGCUACGUCGGCGCUUGCUGGCGUGUAACGUGACUGCGCCCGCAAAGUUUCUCUCGCGAUCAUUCGAUUUGUGUCGCACAUACGCUGUUCAACUUACUCAGCUUAUGUCAGAAGCUUCUCGUGCAGGAUGUAUAGUGCUGACGUCGUUCUAUGGAUACUCUGCGGUCGUGGCUGGUGGCAUACAUGUCUUGAACACUCACAAUCAACAAGCGCACAUUGCUGAGGAAGCUGGUCUCAACUUGAGCAUUUGCGAAGUCCUGCUCGAUACGGUCUCGACAUACUGGGUCAAUGUGGGGUCUAUGCAAGAAGCACUGCGGGUUUUCUCCGCUCACGGUUUUGACUACUGUUUUCUCAACGACGUAUCGCACACCGAGCUCGCUUUGAGUGCGGAGGCAAUGGAGACGUUGUGGUCUGUCGUAGACUAUUCAGCCAUGUCGAGUAUAUCGCACCCGAAGCCUCCCGUUACCACGAACCUCUUCGAUGUCUCCAACAAUAAUCAGUGGUUUGACCUGUUCAACAGUGCAGGCUAUCUGGAUAACGAAACGCUACCGGGGCUGCGGGAGACGAAUGGGUGA